AUCGGUCAAGGCCCGUUCUUACACUGAAAAUUGCGAAUUGCGAAUUGCGAAUAUCGGCCGGAAGGUAGAAAUAUGCUUUCCCCAGACCGAAGACCCAAGAAUUCAGUUGAAUCCGGUCACAAAAUUAUCUACCUCUCCGUGAUUCUUGGUUUCCCAGUCUUGGAGAACCGGAAUCUUGCUUAAACCACGAAUCACGGGAUGAACGUGAUGAACGUAUUCAAAGCGUGGGAGGAGUGGGCCGACUACCCGAAGAACUUUUUGCUUAGGCUGCAGCACACCUUCCUGGGGAUUGCGAUUGUCGAAAAGCAACCGGAGGAAGUUCCCGCCCUGCUGAAGGGAAUUGCCGAUACAGAUUCCAGAACGCCAGUGCUUAAGCACGACAUCUACAACGACGGGAUGCCGCUAAACACCACGGAGGACAUAGACGGCGUUCCGAUGCAGAGCUCGGAGGAGAAGCUCAAAACUGGCGGCCCAGUUCUCCCCUCUACUCCAGCAAAAGCCACAGCAAGCGUGAAGCGUCCCUUUUAUCGGUCCAAACCAGCAGCAAGUCCACCCAUCGGUGAGGACUCUCAGAAUGGACAGAUUACGGGCGAAGGUCAUGCAGGUUUAUCAACCAAUUGCUGGUGGCACCCGCCGGGUUGUCCGUUGAAGUCCGAUGAUGGAGCCGUGUGCACUGUAGUUGGCAGCUUCAAGUGGGAUUCGGAAGAAGGCACCUCCGCGCAGCACACGAGAUCUAGCUUGCAGAUUCAGCUCACCGAGUAG